AUGACCAACGCAUCAAACGCUGAAACCGGAAAGCCUAGACUAGGCCUGCGUGUCUUUGCUGUGAUUUUGGCUGUUGCUACAAUGUCAGUCUUUGGAGCUUUAUGGCACAGCCAGGCCUGGGUAUACUAUAUUAUUGUCGGCAUACCAGGAAUAUGGUCCUUGACCAAUGUCGUUUUAAUUGCCCUCAAGCGGCCUGUCCACCCUGGCUUUCAUAUUGCGCUGGAUCUCAUCUUUACGGUUCCCCUGUGGUUUUGGGGAGUUCUCGGCCUUAUAGACCAGUCUCUGGCUUAUCACAAUGGAUAUUCGGGGAAUUCGUGGCGGGGCAUGGCCAUCGCUGCUUUAUCGCUCAUGGUUGCCAAUGGUUUCCUUCAUUUCCUUCACUUUAUCCUGGGUUGCUGCGAUGUACACUGGAGACGCCAUGCUUCACCCGUCACUUACGAUUCUCGGAAGGGAGAUAUCGAAGACUCAGCCUAA